GCGACGCUGAGACUCGAGCCUCGUUGCAGCGCGUCUCCUUCAGUAAAGAUGGCGGCGCACUGUGCCGGUAUGAUGCGUGUCCGGACACUCUGUAAACUUCUGACCCGGACGGUAGAGACCCGAGUCCGGAUCGGGUCCAGCUGGAGCUGGACGGGCAGAUACCGGACCAGAGCAGAGCACCGAGGAGGAGCGGAGAGGAACGCAGAGAGAGGUCAGUCCGACGUCCUUAUGGAGUUUCCCCAGGCGAAGAGUCUCCUGCACUCAACCCUGUGUAGAUCCCUGGGCCGCUCUGAUGUGUCCCAGUAUAUUCGGUACCACUGCACGGAUGGGGAGGUUAAGAGGGCGACAGUGACGCUGCUUUGGCCUCAGAGGAUUGAAGUGGAGGGCUUCGGCUCUCGGAAAGUGGAGGCGGAGCGCCGUGCCGCAGCAGCUGCCUGCCACAGGCUGAGAGAGCUGGGAGUUUUGGGUCCAGGGAACCAGCUGCCCAGAAGGAGGCUGGCCAAGUGGCAGUCGUCUUUCUUGGAGGAUGCUGACGAGGAUGUGCAUGACAGACUGGAGCCAUCGGGGACUCUGAAGAACAGAACACGAGGGACUGCAGUAAGUCCAAGGCUGGUGGACCAGGAUCCUAAAGUCUCUGAGGCGCUUGCUAUCUUCUCUAAGCCAAAGGCGCUGCUGGUGAAGGUUGUUCAAGUGGCCACAUCCUCUACUGGAAUCAGAGAGCUCCUGCAGUACAGGACGGUGGGAGGGAAGGUAAAGGAGUGUCAGCUGACUCUGCAUUGGCCUGAAAAGAUGACUUUCACUGGCCUCGGCCGCCACAGACUGGAGGCGGAGACACGAGCCGCUGCCCUUGCCUGCCUCAGACUCAAGGAGCUGAAUCUGCUGGAUGAGCAAAAUAACCCUCUCACUCAUGCCAAGUACCACCAGGAGGAGGUGCGGGAAGCAGGAGAGCGGGAGAGGAGACCAUGCCGGGUGGAAAUACCAGAGGACCUGGAGCAGAGGAUAAGAGGUUACCUCACUCAGUAUCCACUGGAGGCAGAGAUGCAGAAGCUGUGGGACGAAGAGGAAGAGCAAGUGGAGUGGCAGCAGUCUUCCUCACUUGCCGAGAAUGAUGAGGAGGAUGUUGAUGAUGAUGACGAUCCUAUCCUGGAUCCCAUCACUGGCCGGCCGUACCACGCUCUCAGCUCGGAGGAGGCGGAGCUUCUGAGUUCCAAUCUGCAGAAGCAGUGGGAGAGGGCAGGGCCAGCGCGGGGGGUGGAGCUUCCUGUGGACUCUCAUAGGGAGCGGCUAGUGGAGGCGGUGGAGACCUCACGGGUGCUGGUGGUUGCUGGCGAAACGGGGUGCGGGAAGACCACGCGGAUCCCACGCUUCUUAUUGGAGGGGCGUGUGAGGGGCGGGGCAGGAGCCCACUGCAACAUCCUGGUCACUCAGCCACGUAGGAUCAGCGCAGUCUCAGUGGCUCAGCGCGUCUCUCAGGAGAUCGGCCCCACCCUCCGGCACUGUGUGGGCUACCAGGUGCGUCUGGAGUCUCGGCCACCGGAGCGCAGCGGUGGUGCCCUCCUCUUCCUCACGGUGGGCGUUCUCCUACGGAAGCUGCAAAGCAACCCAUUCCUGCAAGGAGUGAGUCACGUGCUGGUGGACGAGGUGCACGAGCGGGACGUGAACACGGACCUGCUGCUUGCUCUGCUGCGCUGUGCUCUGAGAGAGAACCCAGAGCUCCGCGUGGUCCUCAUGAGUGCCACAGGGGACACACAUCGCCUGGCCCAGUACUUCGGAGGCUGCCCUGUUGAGCACGUGCCAGGCUUCAUGUACCCCGUGAAGGAGAGGUACCUGGAAGAUGUGCUGAAGGAGAUGAGACGACAGCCAAAGCUGGUAUCCAGGGAGGAAACGAAAGGACAAGAUGAUGCAUCCCCUGACCUUGAUUUAGUGGCAGAUGUGAUUGACCACAUUCACUUGCGAGGAGAGCCAGGUGCAGUGCUUUGUUUUCUGCCAGGAUGGCAGGAAAUAAAAGCUGUUCAGCAGAAGCUGGAAGAGAAGCAGACCUUCAAAUCAGGCUCUCAGAUGGUUCUACCAUUACACUCUAGUAUGUCUGUAGCAGACCAGCAGGCCGUGUUUCAGUGCCCCCCAGAGGGCCAACGCAAAAUUGUCCUGGCAACCAACAUCGCAGAAACCUCCAUCACUAUCAAUGACAUUGUCCAUGUUGUGGACACGGGCUCUCAAAAGGAACAGAGCUAUGACCCCAGGACUAAGGUCUCGUGUCUGGAUACGGUCUGGAUCUCGCGCUCGAAUGUUACUCAGCGGCGAGGCAGGGCGGGCCGAUGCCAGCCUGGCCACGCCUAUCACUUGUUUCCCCAGCAAAAACUGGAUGCCUUGACCACAUUUCCCAUCCCUGAGAUUUUGCGGACCCCUCUGGAGAGCCUAGUGGUCCAGGCCAAGAUUUAUAGUCCACAGAGUAAGGCCGUGGACUUCCUUUCUCAGGUGCUGGACUCUCCAGAGCAUGGGGCUGUGAAGGACGCAGUGAAGAUCCUACAGGACAUUGGAGUGCUGGACGGUUUGGAGUGUCUGACUCCGCUGGGCAAGCGGGUGGCGUGUAUAUCAUGUGACCCGCGCUUGGGGAAGGCUCUGGUUCUGUCGGCUCUGUUCCGCUGUGUUCUGCCCAUGCUCUCUGUAGUUGCCUCUCUGACCCGAGACCCGUUCCACAACAGCAUGCAGAACCGCGCCCUCGUCAACAAGGCUAAGGAGGCUCUGAGUGGUUCUAGCUGCAGUGAUUAUCUGGUGUUCAGUAGGGCUGUGCAGGGCUGGAAGGAGCUCGGGGACAGACAGAGUCGGCAGGAAUAUCUGGACUUGCACACACUGUCGGGAACAAGUCUGCAUUUCAUACACGGCCUGACUCAGCAGUUCAGUGAGAAUCUGGUGGAGGCAGAGUUAGCGGCUCGAUCGGUUGACUGUCUACGCCCCUCGUCCCGGCUCAAUCAGCAUAGCCACCAGGAGCAGCUUCUCAAAGCUAUGCUGCUGGCAGGGUUUUACCCCAACCUCAUCCAGGUGAAAAGAGGCACUGUGACCAAAGGGGGCAGGUUUCGUCCAGACAACCUGUCCUAUCGCACUCAGAGUGGGCCUGUGUUGCUCCACCGCUCCUCUGUCAACAGGGGUGAACGGCAGCUCCCCAGCCGCUGGCUUACAUUCUUCUCCGCCGUUAAAUCAAAUGGUAACGUCUUCAUCAGAGACUCCUCCGCGGUCCACCCGCUGUCCCUCCUUCUCCUCACUGACUGUGAUCUGGUGGAGAGAGCAUAUGGGGACCAGGUGGAGGUGGCGAUGCCAGGCCGUUCUCUCGUCCGGUGGGAGAUGUCUGCUCAGAGCUGGGAGUUGCUGUGGGAGUUACGUACAUCUCUACAGGCAAUGGUCCACCGCAACCUCCAAGCUUUGACUUCUGACUCUGUUUCUAAAGCCAGCAGCACUCAAGAUGACCAGCUCAUCUCUUUACUGGUGGACCUCCUGAAUAACACUGAGCCAGCUGCUAAUGGUGAGGACCACAGUGAUGGAGAGUGAUGUUCAGGGCUUUGGUGGUGCUUCACUAGGGUAACGUGAUUCAGCACUAUGCAAACCUAUAGCUCUUUCUGUUUGGGUUGUCCUGCUCACGCACAGAGAUGGCAAAUACCUGUUCCCUUCCUAAGCAUGCCAACAACUUCUGAUGGUGCCUACAGAUGAUCGAUACUCGUCAACAAGUCCCAUGAUUGCCAAGCGACGGGAAAUAUGCAAGAUGGCUUCACAGCAGUUAUUUGCACUGCUGAGAUGAUGGGAAUGAAUAGAGGUCCACUUUGAGUUAACAUGGUCAUGCAGUGAAGAGAAAGUGAAUUUGCUGUCGGAGACUUUGUGAAGAUUUGGGUCAGAAGAUUUAAUGAAUGGACAUUUUCCAGUUUCUGGAGCAUCUGCACUAAUUCUCUAUUCAAAGACCUGUGAUAUUUGCACUGAGAUCACUUAAAAGUAGUUUUAGGCCAAACUGGAUGAGGAUGGUGUUUCCUGACAGAGUUAUGAGUUAACGUCUGACUGCGUGAGGGAUUUGUCCUUGUUUCCCUACUCGGCUUCACAAUGAGAGCAAAAGAUAAUCCAUACGAGGCUGAAAUUCUUCCUGGUUGAAGAGUUAAUGUUAAAUGCUGUGAAUGUUGUAAGAAAAUGACCACAUUGAAUGUGCAUGUAUUUAUUGCAUUCAUUUAAUGUUAUCGUUGGAUUGUAAUUAAUGACAUUUGACAAUAUAUCAAAGCUACAGAGAGGA